AUGGUCCAGACACGAGUCUUGUUCGCCGUCCUUGUUCUUCUCGGCUGCUGGAUGCUCCAGACAACUUCUGCCCACGAGGUUCAGUUGGGGGAGGGCUCCUGCUCUAAACAGUUCCGCAACGACGUGAACAUCACCGUGGUGGCUGCGCCGGGGCCGGCCGGGCAGAAAGGCGACAUGGGCCCGAGAGGUCACAAAGGUACGCCAGGUGAGAGGGGCGCGACAGGUGCUCCAGGUGAGCAGGGACCUGCCGGACCUACAGGUGAAAAGGGAGACACAGGUGAGCAAGGGCCGGCAGGUGAGACGGGCACACCUGGCGUCAGCCCACCUGUCCCCACCCUGGUGGCGUUCACCGUGGCGAGAACCACUGACGUGGAGAUGUCGUCAACGGACACGGUGGUGACGUAUGAUGACGUCCUUAGCAACGAGGGCGGGGCUUACGACAUGGAAACGGGAAAGUUCGUUACUAAAGUGGGCGGGGUGUACUUCUUCACGUUCACGGGCAUGACGAAGGUGGACUACUUCCUCCAGCUGAUGAAAAACGGAGAGAGGGUGGUCUCCAUCCGAGAAUCGUAUCCAGGAGAGAACCAGGCGAGCAGUAACUCCGCCAUCCUGCCGCUGGACACCGGGGACCAGGUCUGGGUACAGCUCAGGCAGGGCGAGUACACUCUGCUCAGCAACGAGAACAGGCUGCUCACGUUUUCCGGACUCCUCAUCAAUCCGGCAUGAUGGUGACGGAGACGACCGGGAUCAUCAUCUUCAUCAUCAACAACAUCAUCAGCAGCAACAUUUCAACAUCGUCCGGGGAGAAUUCGCAAAUAUUUAGUAUUAAUAUUGCUUUGGUGCUGUGGACAUGUAAA